AUGAUAGCCGUUGAUUAUAAGAGUGAGUUCUUUUUGCUUUAUCAUCAGUAUCAUUUAGUGUUACUUUUACUGCCUCCACCUUUCAUAAAUCAAAUGUUGUCCUUUGCUAUUCGUUCUGCUUCUCAAACCCUAUUGAGAGGUAGCGCUCGUCAAUUAUCUACUACUCCACUACCAUUUGUUGGUACUGCUUCAAGUAAGCUUCUUCUUGCUGUGUUUGGCUACACUACUGCUACUUUAGGAGUUGCAUCCUUAGUCGAUAGAAAGGGGUACAACCAUCUCUUCAAACAAUUGGGUCAUUUUUAG